AUGUCGCCGUCGCCGUUGGGCAGCUUAUGUGAUCAGUAGGGUCAUUGAUUAGAAAUCGAACGACAGUCGUACGUACACGUCCCGUGCAGAAUAAGAGCGACAGUCCCAGCAAGCGUCCACUACUCCCUGCGCCCGUGUGGCCAGUACAGGGCAGAGGCGGAGCGUAGGACCCGGCGAACGCGCGUCCCCUUCGCCCAGUGAUGUAGUGCACAAUGGGCUGUGACGUCGCAGGAACCGCGCACUCGGGAGUAGUAAGCAGCUUGACUCGGUUGUGAGGGUAUCAUUUCAUUGUGGUCUAAAAAAAAAAAAAAAUGGUGUAAAAUCGUUUCGGCCGGCUGCAGCGGUGAUAUUUCCAGGGAUUUUCCUCUGCAUGAUGGGGCUCAUGGGCGAAUCGAGAGAUUCUUCGGCCUGAGCGGAUUUGGCAAGCGAGGCCUUGGUCGUGCAGUGGCACCACACACUGAUAUGCAAAUCCAGGUGUAACUUUGUGCAUUUUGUGCACCGUGCCGCACGCUCACUUGCUGGGACAGAGAAGGAGCGAAGCAGAUUGUGAUCCAAGCAAGGACCGGUGGCCGCAAUUUCACCAUCCGUUCUUCCUCCCCCAGUUCAUGCGCCACCGCCUCAACUAUUAUGCUAGCAAACACGAGGGGCUUCCUGUGGUCGGACGUGGAGACCCGAGCACUGUUGGACAUCUGGGGCGAGCAGGACGUGCAGACUGCCCUGGAUGGAAACUUUCGCAAUAGUCACGUUUAUAGAGACGUUGCCUGCAGGUUGGGAGAGAUGGGCUUCGAGCGGACCCCCGAACAGUGCCGGAUUCGAGUGAAGGGCUUAAAGCGGCAGUAUUACCAGGCGAAGGAGGGUAUGAAAAAGAACGGACACUACCGCAAGAUCUGUAAGUUCUAUGAUGAAAUGGACAGGAUUCUCAGCAACAGACCGCACCUCGACCCUCAGGACAUGAUCGACAGUGUGGCCGUGGGGGACGACGCCAUGGACGGCACGGAGGAGGAGGCGGAGAGUGGCGAACACUCGCACGAAGCCUAUAUGGAGGGCACCGGAGGCGAGUGCUCGUACGCGGAGCACCCAGUCAAGCUGGAGAGCCCAUCCUUCCCCAUUACGGUGCCAGCGUGCAACAGUGAGUAUUGUAGUGUGCUACAGAGACAGAACAAUGCUCAGACCAACACUCCUCCAAUGGCACGACCCAAGAGAUCGAAGAAGCGCUACACCAAUUUGUCACUGGAUAAGCUAAUGGAAAAAUUUUUGGAACAGAGCAUGGAGGCAGAAGAGAAUUUUUAUAAGUAUGAAGAGCAGCGAUUAAAAGUGGAAGACAAACGGCGAGAAGCAGAACAUUCACGUGAGCUCCAGAUGCUGCAGGUGUUGGGGCAGAUGUUUGCUGGCAUUGCCACUUCAUCACCUGGCAUCCAGCACUCUCAGACUCUUUCCUCUGCCACGUUACAGCGUCAAAACAAUCAUCACCACCCAGACCACAUCAGUCAGAAUGUGGCAGCUGCUCCAGCUCAGCCCUUAGUAAUCGAGAGAGCCUUCUCGCUCAGUAAUCCACAUGCAACGAGGACCAUGGAAAACCUCCUUCCCCUUGUACGAAACGUCAUACCUCCUCUGACAUCAAAAAAACACAAAGGUCAAGAUGGACGGGUUGGUAUCAUAGGGGGAUGUCAAGAAUACACAGGAGCACCAUAUUUUGCAGCAAUAUCUGCACUUAAAGUGGGUGCAGACUUGUCACAUGUUUUUUGUACCAAAGAUGCUGCAACUGUUAUAAAGUCCUACAGCCCUGAACUCAUCGUACAUCCAGUUCUAGACGCCCCUAAUGCUGUUGAUGAAGUUGACAAGUGGCUAUCUCGGCUUCAUACGAUAGUAGUAGGCCCGGGAUUAGGCCGCGAUGAACAGCUACUUGAAAAUGCCAAGGGUAUUAUAGAAAAAUCCAGGGGCAGAGGUAUCCCAAUUGUCAUUGAUGCCGACGGAUUGUGGCUUAUUGCUCAGCAGCCAUCUAUCAUUCAGGGCUACCAGAAAGCCAUCCUUACUCCUAAUUUUAUGGAAUUCAGUAGGCUGUAUGAAGCUGUGUGCAGAGACUCCAUGGACAGCAGCGAGCGACAAAGGGCGGUUCUGAGGUUAAGUCAAGCCAUGGGGAACCUGACUAUUGUGCAGAAAGGAGAAAAAGACUUCAUCUCAGACGGAGUGAAAGUUGUUGCUUGUAGCCUUGAAGGCAGCAGUCGUCGAUGUGGGGGUCAAGGGGAUUUGCUGUCUGGCUCCCUGGGGGUCUUUGCACACUGGGCUUACUUAUCUGGAACAGAAAAUAUAAAUGGGUUCAGCCCGUCCAUUGUUGCUGCUUUCGGAGCCUGCAGUCUGACGCGACAGUGCAACUCCCAGGCUUUCCAGAAACUCGGGCGUGCAAUGACCACCACGGACAUGAUCUCGGAAAUCGGCGUCGCCUUCAAAAAGCUCUUUGAGACGUAGGCUGCCCUUCAGAAGAGAUUUGGUUUGCGAAAGGCCUGCCGUCUGUUCCACGUAGAAAACAAAUUUCAGGUGCAAGACUUCUGAAGUCCCGUGAAAGCUUGGUAGCAGUUUGGAAAUUGUGUACACUUCGAAGACCUUUUAGCUGUAGAUUUUCAGAGCAUUUAACAAGGAAAUUAUCUUCCUACUUACUGGAGAACUGCAAAGUUUUCGUUGUUUCCUCUGAAGUUUAUACUAAAAAUUUAACUGUAUAAAAUUAUCUGUGAAAUUUGUCCAAAUUGAUACUUUUAUUAAGCUUCUAUAUAGUCUGAACACAAUGUGUUCUCAAUCCACUUUGAAAUCUGCACUUCAUACACUUUAGCAGCCUCACCCUGUACGGCGUUUUCAGAAUCCAAGAAGGAACGCAAACACUAGGAUUUCGUUUUUGAACUUUGAGCGAAUGGCAACACCUCGACAAGAACGAGUAAAACGGUGAGAAGCCGCGUUGCGCUUCGGGGACUCGAAACGUUUUAAUGACAUUUGGGCUGUGCUGAGCUUAACUCGCCAAUUUGAAACGCAAUACGGGACGGGUGAUCUCCACGACAAUUCGACAAAAGCGUUUUAUUUUUUGAGGCGUACAAAUUACCCCGCUUGUGGAUGCCGUUCCAAAAAAUACGUGACGAGUCCAAUGUGUCGGCCUUAACCGGCCCAGUUUUAUUCCCAAUUCAAAAUUUUGACCAAAAAAAGCGCCAGCCGUCCAUCGAGAAGCCAUUUCGUAUGCACUGCAUGAUGGCGGACGCGCCCGUCUCAUUGGGCUGAUGUCCUUCCAUCUUCGCUAUUUUGUCUACUGACAUUUCUGAUCUCCUCGACUUGGAUUCUUCUACACGGUGAUGUUGCGUAACGAAGUGCCGACUUUUGCUUUGUUUUUGUUUUUUUUCCUUUGACGGUCGUUCCGACUGACUUUAAUUUCUUUAUCGUCAGGAUCAGUUACUAACUGUGUUUUGAAAAGUUGUUUACUGUAAUUCCCAGUUCUCUAUAGCCUACAGAAGAACUACAGGGUCAUUUUUCCAACGGUUAAUUAAUCACAGCAAGCCUGACCUCGGCUACGUGAUGUCGACUCAUGAGAACACAUUUGCAGUUGUCCUUUAAGUAAGAAACGUAGCGGAAGAACUGUAGUGACCUGUAGCCUAUGGAUCUGUUUGGUUUUAUUUUUGAUGUAAACAACUUUCCAUAACAACAUAUAGAAAAUAAAGUUUCUUUUGAAAUCCA